UUCCACAUUGAUACCAUGGGCGCCAAUGUAUAGAAUAACUUUCCACUAACACUGGAUAAAUUGAAUUUCGGAGGAAACCCUCAUGUGAUCUCAGAAACAAAAAACCCUAAUAUCGCUCCCUGAUUGGCGUUUAGAAAUGGCUGAUUCUCCUCGCAAAAAGAUUAUGCGGUCUCCUUCCCCUUUGAGAGAACACUCGAGGUCUAGGUCUAGGUCUAGAUCCUUGUCUAGGCCAAGGCAGAGAUCACUGUCCCGAAGUCGUGGAAGAUCAAGGUCCAGAAGUCAUGGAAGGGGUGAUGAUACAAAUCCUGGAAACACACUUUACGUGACUGGUCUAUCUACAAGAGUCACAGAAAGGGACCUUGAAAAGCAUUUUUCGAAGGAGGGAAAGGUUGCUUCAUGUUUUCUUGUUGUGGAGCCCCGCACGCGCAUCUCUCGAGGUUUUGCUUUUGUCACAAUGGAUACUACUGAGGAUGCCACUCGUUGCAUUAAGUAUCUCAACCAGUCAGUUCUUGAAGGACGAUAUAUCACUGUAGAGAGGUCUCGGAGGAAACGUGCUAGAACUCCCACACCCGGACACUAUCUUGGGCUGAAAAGUAGUAGGGACUAUGGUCAUGGUUAUCGUGGUGAUCGCGGUAGUAGGUAUCGCUCUGGCCAUGAUGAUUAUGGGUAUCGUAGGUCUCCAAGGCCCUCACCCUAUCAAGGAGGUCGCGAUUAUUCUCCUGUGCACUCUCCUCAUGCUGGAAGAUCAAGGAGGGACAGAUCCAGGUCGCUGCCUCAUUCCCCUUACGGUAGCCCGGGAAGGAGGUAUUCACGUGGAUCUAGGUGAUGAUGGUAUUUGUUACAAUUUAUGAUGUGUCCUUUGAAGGGAUUGAUGAAACUUUUAAUAUUGAAUGUGUUGAUGUAUUGAGCCUCAGCUUGGACUAGAACUAAGUAGUCAAAAACGGAUGUUUGGAAGCUUUUGUUCUCUGGGGUAGUGACAUUUCUUAAUCCUGUAACUUUUUGUGCUGCUGGUGCUGGUGAACUUAGCUUAACCGGUUGAGUUCAUAAGCUGUGUGUGAUUGUUAUGAAUGUAGCUCAUUAUGUUUGUGGCC